AUGUUUUCCGGAGGGGCUCAAUCCUCCCUUCUCAUCUGGGCCUCCACGGAAGCCUGGAUCGUUAUCGUGGUCGGCUGCGUACCGCCCAUCCGUCCACUUAUGGAAAGAGUCCUUCAACGUCUUGGUCUCACUAAGAAAACAUCAAAUCCAUACAAUCUCCGUGGAUCAAGUGGACAUGCGGUAUAUGCAUACGGAGAAGGCAACAGAUUUCAAGAAGAGGAAGAAGAUAUGCGAUGGAUAGAGCUUACGAGGACCAGGGGACCGAACGAAAGCAACGAGCAAAUUGUGGGCUCCAAAGAUGUGGUCAUUACCACGAAUAUUGUGACUCGGGUUGAGGAUGUGGACACUCACGGAGGUCCAUCGUCUACCAAUAGAACAAUAUCUGGAUAG